AUGCGCCGCAUCGGCUGCGUCCUCUUGGGACUACUCUUCAUCCUCAGCGUGACCAGCACGGAUGGCUUUGCCCAGGCAGGCCGCAGAGUCUGUGCCGUGGCGCUGCAGAGCCAGGCGGCCGCCUACACCGAGUCCCACGUCCAGCCCGUCUACCAGCCCUACCUCACCACCUGCCAGGGCCACCGCCUCUGCAGCACCUACAGGACCAUCUACAGGGUUGCCUACCGGCAUGUGUACAGGCAGCUGUCCCAGCCUGCGGCCUCGUGCUGUCCCGGCUGGAGCAGAGCUAACAGCCAUGCGCUCAGCUGCAACAGAGCUCUCUGCUGGGUGCCGUGCCAGAAUGGCGGGAGCUGCACCUUCCCCGGGAGAUGCGCCUGCCUGCCUGGCUGGACGGGACGAGCCUGCCAGACAGACGUGGACGAGUGUGCCGGCCAGAACCACGGGUGCCAUCAGCUCUGCAUCAACAUGGCUGGGAGCUACCGCUGCGCCUGCCGGGACGGCUUCAGCCUCGCUGCCGACAACAAGGCGUGCCAGCCCCUGGUGCCGGCCCCCAGGCCAGAAACCUUCAGCCAAGCAGGUCCCCCCAGUGAAAUGAAGGAAGAAAUGAAAGACCUGAAGAGCAGAGUGGAAGCGCUGGAGCAGAAACUCCAGUUGGUGCUGGCCCCCUUCCACAACCUCAUGCCAUCGGUGCCGGAGGACGUCGGUGCAGACCCCAUCAGCCGGCUGUCCCACUCCCUCCAGCAACUGGACAGAAUUGACUCCCUGAGUGAGCAGAUCUCCUUCCUCGAGGAGCGACUGGAGACAUGUUCCUGCAAGAAUGAGCUCUAGCCGAGCACCUGAGGAAUUGGAGCAAGCCGAGUGCAUCUGCAGCUCUUAUCUCACUCUCCAGCCCCAGGCUGGGGACGAAGCCACAUCAUCUACAGGAAGGCACAGGGUAGCAGGAGAAGGCUGGUUUCCCAUCAGCGUCUCCAUCAUUUUCUCUUCCAACUCACCCUAUCAAAGGUCACGCGGUUACUUCCAAACUGGACUCCAAGCCCUCAGCAUCUCACCCCCUUCCCGCUGGAGUGGCAUAAAAUAAAUGCCUUACCUCGUGCCAUUAGUGCCUGUCGGGCUGCGCCAGAGAGACCAGCUGUAC